UGAAAUGACAUUCCACACCGCGUGCACACAAUCAUAAAUCCGUAACGAGGUAUCCCACAGAAUACAGUAMAAUGGCACCUACUCGAUUUUUUACCACCAUCCUUUUCACGGCACUUGCUUUCCUUGCAUCASGUUCCCUGGCGUUUGCCCCUGCUUCYCAGAGGACAAGCGAAAUUGCAACUCGUAGUUCGACUAAUUUGAUGGGUAUUUUCGACGGAGAGCAAGAGAGAACAGCACUGACGCGUGAUUCCGAACCUGAAGAGUUUUUCGCAACGUAAGUCUCCGAAUCGGUCAAAUCUUCCUCUUCGAAUGUCAAACUCACAGUUUUUGCUCGCUUUUCGAAUUAAAGGAAUACCGACAAAAUGUCUGACGAGGAAAAGAUCCCCAUUGCUCUAGCGGGACUUGCUGGAAUUUCCCUUCCUUUCAUUCUUGGAUUGAUUGCUCUAUAUGCUGCCCAAGGAUAAGGAUCGUCGGUGGCUUGUGGGAAACAAUACUUGGAGGCUUUGGGUGACUGCCGCAGUCUUGGUCGUUCAACUUUUCAAUCGAUUGUGGCUCUGUCUAAGCAGCAAAUAGUACAUUUUUCCAUGAUAUUCUGUACAAUCAAAAUUUGAGGUGUUGGUAACCAACAGAACGAGCGACCUUAUAAUUUACUGUAAGACUAAGCAAUAAGACGGCCCUCAUCAAAUGAGACUGUUUUGAAUCUAAUGCAAUGCUACGCAGUCGAUUUUUUGAGGAAAUAUCAAUUUUUUUCUGCUACUUAAAAGUGAUCUGAUGCUGUUGUCUCGGUUUGUUAUUGCCAUAUUAAGAAUCAAUGGAAGCAACCGAGAGUGAUUAUCAAUUAUAAAACCAGCAACAACGA